GUUUGCGUUGCAUUUUGGUGGUUGGUUAUAAAUUCGUGGUGUCGUCGAUCUUGUGUCUAACCGGUUAAGCUAGAUAAGCUACUGAAUGAAAAUAGUUUUAGAUACCCGAAAUGUUUAGAAUUUCAUCUAAGCUUCAGUGGAUUGGUAGACAUCUAAGUUAUAUUGUCGAUGAAAAGUCUAUUCAUUCAGUAGUUUGUGCUAUAUCAGGUGGUGUAGACAGUGCUGUAUCUGCUUAUUUAUUAAAAAAGAAGGGAUUUCAAGUUAAAGGUGUAUUCAUGACUAAUUGGGAUUCAUUAGAUGAGAAAACUGAUUGUUCUAUAAAUCAAGAUCGUUAUGAUGCACAAUAUGUGUGUGAAUAUUUAGGAAUACCAUUUUUUGAGAGAAAUUUUGUUAAAGAAUAUUGGAAUUAUGUUUUCUUACCACUUAUUAAAGCUUAUGAACAAGGAGCAACUCCAAAUCCAGAUAUACUGUGUAAUAGAUUCGUUAAAUUCAAUAUGUUGACAAGAGCUGUACUAAAACACUAUGGCAGUGAUGAUGAUGACCAAUUAUCUUCAAAUAUCAAAGCAGAUGCAAUUGCUACAGGUCAUUAUUGUAGAAAUUCUUUCGGUGCUUAUUUACAAUAUCGAAAAGAAAAUGCUGAAGCUAAAUUAUUACGAUCUGUUGAUCCAGUGAAAGACCAAACAUUUUGGUUAUCAACUAUUUCUCAUAAAGAACUUCAACAUUGUAUGUUUGCUGUUGGAGAAUUAUCUAAACCACAAGUGAAGCAAAUCGCUCAAGAUAUUGGCCUUACACGUAUUUUAUCCAGGCGUGAAAGUAUGGGUAUGUGCUUUAUUGGGAAAAGACGGUUUUCUCAUUUUAUCGAUAAUUACCUGGAGCCAAGGUAUGGAGUGUUUAAAGAUCUUGAGACGGAUGUAAUCGUGGGUGAACACACAGGUAUACAUCAUUUUACUCUUGGUCAAAGGGCUCCUAUCAAACGAUUCACUGGACCAUAUUAUGUCGCUCGAAUGGACUAUCGAAAUCAAGUGAUAUAUGUGGCUCGAGAUGCAAGUCAUCCAAGCUUAUUUAUGCGCAAGUGUUGGUGUGGUCCAGCAGUAUGGAUUAACUCUGAACCAUUCUCUUGUAUUAACUCAAAAAUUAUUCAUUUUCAAUGGCAAAAUAAAUGGCGUCCAAUUAAUUGUAUCUUAACACCAUUCAAUGAUAUACCUACAGCAGCAGAUUAUAUUAAAAAGAAUAUACAACGAGGUUAUUUUUCAUCAGACAAUGCUGAAUUAGUCAAUACCAUUGAUGCAUCGAUUGAAGGUAAUAACAGAAAAGUUGGACCAUGUCUUAGUAUUGAAUUGGAAGAGCCAUUGCGUUGUAUUUCACCAGGACAAUGGUGUGCAUUAUAUGAUGGAGAUAUUUGUUUAGGUGCAGCAAUGAUAUGUGGUUCAAUUAGUUUAUGGGAAGAAGGACAAAAUGCAUUUUAUAAAUGGAAUAAUAGUGAUUAUGAAUUAACAUAUAGUUAAAUUGUAUUGAUUUGUAUUAUGAAAUUUGUAUAUAAAUCUGAUCAUUCA